UCUCUCGUUUUCCUGAAAGAAAGAAGGGACGCAGAGCUCGUGCGAUCAUAAAACCCUCCGUUUUUUCAACAAAAUCGAACCACAAAGAAAGAAAAUGUUUCAAAAUCACUCACUUUAGUUUUAAAAAUUUUUAAAUAGCUUUUUUUAAAACUCAUAAGGGUAACAAUUCUUCUCCCUACAAAAAUUUUGUCGUGGUAAAAAGCGAGAGCCUCGCCCUGCAAAGGCAGCUUCCCACCGAUACGCUUUUUGUUUAAAAGGAAACUGACCAUUCAACAAUGAGCAUAGCAGGCUGUGUGUAGUGGCCAAGACUGUGGAUAAAGGUGGAUAUAUAAAUACAGUAGCUUUGUCUGCUCUCAAGUUCUUAUGCCCAAACUUGCAAAUAUUCCAAAUUCCCAACUUUGCGUGACACUGAAAGCAUCAACCUUUCUUUCAACUGUCUCUGUGCUCCCUGUUCUCUCCAGAGGCCUAUUCAAUCAUUGCCUUUUUUUCCUUUCACAAGGUUGAGAGGCAAAAGGUCUGGUAAUCCUAUGGUCCAUUGAAGAGUGUGGUUGAGAGUUUGAGGGGUCCUUCUCUUCAGGUUCUUCCAGGAGUUCGUUGAUGGAGAACAUAAACAGAAACAAGUGUUCUUGCUUUUCGUUUCAUUUAUUUUUUGUUUUCUUUCUGGUGCUUGGUAGGGUAGUCCUGUCUCAGAAUGAGACGGCCAUGGUGUAUAUUGUGACGCUGAAGCAGCCACCAACUCUUAACUAUCUGCUUGGUUUGAGAAAGAGUGAUAAUGAUCUUAGCUAUGUACGAAGAGGCAAGCUAACGACGCGACAGAACCAACGCAACUGUUCAAGAUCUGAUCCUCAUAACACUUGUUAUCUGAUCCGCUUCCAAGACUCACUUCUGAAGCGGACAUUUAAAGGGGAGAUCUACCAGAAACUCUACAGUUACCACUACUUGAUCAAUGGAUUUGCGGUCUUUCUAUCCCCCCAGCAGGCCAAGAAGCUUGAAAAUAGAAAAGAAGUUACAAAUGUGGUGCCAGAUUUCUCUGUAAGACUUGCCACCACACAUACUCCUGAGUUUUUGGGUCUACCAGGUGGAGCUUGGGUAAUAGAAGGUGGACCUGAUGUUGCUGGAGAGGGCAUAGUAAUUGGAUUUAUUGAUACAGGGAUUGAUCCCACACACCCCAGUUUUUCUGAUGGCAUUUCCACUGAGCCUUAUCCAGUCCCGCCACAUUUUUCUGGUGCUUGUGAAAUCACCAAGGAUUUUCCAUCUGGCUCUUGCAAUCGCAAGCUUAUUGGAGCCUGUCAUUUUGCUGCUUCCGCUAUUGCUAGGGGACUUUUCAAUGCCACUGAAGAUUAUGCUUCCCCUUUUGAUGGAGAUGGCCAUGGAACGCAUACAGCCUCCAUUGCUGCUGGGAACCACAACAUUCCUGUCAUUGUCGCAGACCACCAUUUUGGCAAUGCAAGUGGCAUGGCACCUCAUGCUCACAUUGCUGUGUACAAGGCCCUUUACAAGAGGUUUGGAGGAUUUGCUGCAGAUAUAGUUGCUGCCAUAGAUCAGGCCGCUCAAGAUGGAGUGGAUAUAAUAAGCUUAUCAAUCACUCCAAACAGGCGUCCUCCUGGAAUCGCAACUUUUUUCAAUCCUAUAGACAUGGCACUUCUCUCUGCUGUAAAGGCUGGUAUCUUUGUUGUCCAGGCAGCCGGUAAUACUGGGCCUUCGUACAAGAGUAUUUCUUCCUUCAGUCCAUGGAUCUUUACAGUAGGUGCUGCAGCUCAUGAUAGAACUUAUUCUAAUUCAAUUGUACUUGGCAAUAAUGUGACGAUCCCAGGAAUUGGACUUGCACCUGGAACAGAUAAGGAUGCGUUGUGCACUCUGGUCUCAGCAGUUCAUGCGUUGAACAAAACUGUAGAUUCAACAGAUCUUUAUUUGGGUGAAUGCCAAGAUCCAAGUCAACUGAUUCAGGAGUUGGUGCAAGGAAACAUCUUGAUAUGCAUGUACACUGUGCGCUUUGUGCUAGGUUUAUCAUCCAUAAAGCAAGCUCUGGAUACGGCAGAGAAUCUCAGUGCUGCAGGGGUAGUUUUCUUGGUAGACCCUUUUGUUACCGGAUUCCAGUUAAACCCAAUGCCUAUGAAGUUGCCAGGCUUGAUCAUUUCUUCUGCAGAUAAUUCAAAGAUUUUACUCCAAUAUUAUAAUGAUUCAUUGGUGAGAAAUACAUCAUCAAACAUUAUUAUCCAGUUUGGAGGUAGCGCAAGAAUUUCUGGUGGCUUGCAGCCAGAAUAUAACAAUUCAGCACCUAAAAUAUUGUAUUACUCUGCACGAGGGCCAGAUCCAGAAACUGCACUCCUUGAUGAUGCAGAUUUUAUGAAACCCAACUUGGUUGCUCCUGGAAACUUCAUCUGGGGUGCAUGGACUUCUGGUGCAACUGACUCAGUAGAAUUUGGAGGUGAAAUAUUUGCAAUGUUAUCAGGCACAAGCAUGGCGACACCUCAUGUUACAGGGAUUGCAGCUAUGAUCAAGCAGAAGUUCCCUAAUUUUAGUCCUCCAGCGAUUGGCUCUGCACUCUCUACUACUGCAUCUCUUUAUAACAACCAAGGAGGUCCAAUAAUGGCACAACGUACUUAUAAUAAUCCAGAUUUAAGCCCGUCUCCAGCAACACCUUUUGAUAUGGGCAGUGGCUUUGUGAAUGUGACAGCUGCUUUGGAUCCUGGCCUUAUUCUUGAUGCUAGCUAUGAUGAUUUCUUCUCUUUUCUAUGUGGUAUCAACGGCUCCAGCUCAACCGUACUGAAUUACACAAGCCAAGCUUGUGGAGCCAACACCAUGCUUGCAACAGAUCUCAAUUUACCUUCCAUUACGGUAUCAAAACUGAAACAAUCCUUAGCUGUUCACAGGGUGGUGAAGAAUAUCGCAGGCGAUGAGUCUUAUAGAGUCAGUUGGAGUGCUCCUUAUGGAGUGUCAGUUGCAAUAGUUCCCAACCAGUUUUUCAUAGCCAACAGACAGACGCAGAAUCUUACUGUGUUUAUGAAUGCCACCAUGAAUAGCACUUCUGCAAGCUUUGGUAGGAUAGGAAUUUACGGAAAUCGUGGGCAUGUGUUAAAUGUUCCUAUUUCUGUGAUAUCUAAGACUGUUUUUAACGGCACUGAUUCAUAAAUAUGUACUGAAAUCUCUUUUUCUAUUUUGUUGUUUUUUCUGAUUCAGGUCAGUUUCUUUUCCUUUCCGAAACUGUCAAGCCUGCCUCUGUAAAGUCUAGAUACUGAUAUAGUUGUUAAUACUACGAGCUAAUCCAUAAUAAUUUUAACACUCUCA